AUGGGUUGGUUUUGGGCAGACACUACAUCCUCUGCGCCUGCUGUGCGCAAUGCACCGCAUCCAAUGCCACGAGGCAGUAUGGAGCCUCUUCCCGAAUGUCCCAUGCACAAGAAAGCCGCACCACCCGUCGUCGCAGAGAAGACAUCUCAAAGCGCCUGCCCCUACGUCCCACCUGAGAAAUCUUCUUCUGGUCCCUCCGAACCACCAAAGACCGGCCUACUCUCCCGCCUAAACCCCCUCAACAACAUGUUCGCCGACCUCUCCAACGAACGUGCAGACAAACAAGUCCACAACCUCCCUCUGGAGCGCGAAACCUCCACCAUCCCCAAAGGAGACGGUUCCCUCUGGGAAUACCCCUCCCCACAACAAAUGUACAACGCCAUGCUCCGCAAAGGCUACACCGACACCGAUAUCACGGCCGUCGAAAGCAUGGUCGGCGUGCACAAUUUUCUCAACGAAGGCGCCUGGGCCGAAAUUAUGGGCUGGGAACGCCGCUUCUCGCGUGGCCUUGCCGAAGGCUAUCAGAUCUGCAAGAAGGGUGAGGACGUAGCGAAUUUCCUGCUUGGCACCGCCGACGAUCCGUUUGAUACGACGACCUGGGAUGACAAGGAUAUCCCGCCCCCAAAGCUACUCCGCUUCACGGGUCGGCCUACGGAGCCCACGCCCAAGUCGCAGAUUCUGCAGUGGCUCGGAUACGUCAUGCCUGAGCAGUUUGGCACGAACCCCCCCUUCGAUCGCCAUGACUGGUUCGUUGAGCGGUGCAAUGAGAAGGGGUGUAAGGAAGUCCGCUACGUAAUUGAUUACUAUGAGGGUGCGCCUGAACCCACUGGUGAACCGGUUUUCUACCUCGAUGUCAGGCCGGCGGUUGAUGGACCGACGAGUGCGGCUGAGAGACUGAUUCGGAGUGGCACGGAUCUUUGGUGGAGGGCUUCUGGGGGUGUGACGAGGGAGUUGAAGAGGCUUGAGGCGGCGAAGAAGGCGAAGGAGGAGGAGUGGGCGGCUAAGAGUCGGCAGUACAACUAA